CGGCUCUAUUCUGAUUCCGGUUCUGAAAUUUGAAGGGGCUCAACUCUUUUUACAAGAUGGAUUUUGAAAGCACGAAUCUUUUCGAAAUUCUCUUCGAUGGACAACAGGAGGGUUUGGAUCCCGGACACAGCCUCGCUGCCGGAAACUCCGGCGUCCAUAUCCUCCUUCAAGACCACCCCUACGGCUGUCUUCCGGAUAAACCCGGGAACUGCCCAGCCGGCCAGAUCCAGCGUCUUCCUGAGGACGAUCCAGAAGAACUUUUACAACUUCGGAUCAACCCCAAUGAGGUCUACCAUCCCAGGAGCUCAACGGCGUCUCCGGAGAACAGCGGCGACGUUUCCCCGAGUCUCGGCCGAGACCCCCUGCCUCACGACCCAUCUCCCACUAUCGUCCUGGAGGUCCUCUGUGACCCGGGAACCUUGGAAGAUCCCAACCCUCUUGGAAAUUGGAGCCCCCUUGGAACCCACCCACCCAUUUGCAUUGCGAGCCAAGCAUCACUGGGUUGCUUGGAAGGGGCGAUCCGUUUAAACGCGGCCGAGGUUCCCACGGAGCAGGGUUUCGAUGUCCCCCUCCCGCCACCUGCCCUGUUCUUGACGGAGGAGGAGAGACACCUGCUAAGCCAGGAAGGCGUCUUGCUGCACGAUGUCGUACCCCUUUCCCAGGCGGAAGAGAGAAUCCUCAAGAAAAUACGGAGGAAGAUUCGAAACAAGCACUCUGCCCAGGACAGCCGUCGACGCAAGAAGGAAUAUUUGGACGGUCUGGAGAGCCGGGUGGCUGCCUGCUCGGCGCAAAACCGAGAUCUCAAGAAGAAAGUCCAGCAGUUGGAGAAGCAUAAAGAGUCCCUUCUGGACCAGCUACGGAAGCUCCAGGGACUCCUGGCCGAGACGUCCACCAAGGCCGCCCAGACCAGCACCUGCCUUGUGAUCCUCCUCGUCUCCUUCGGCCUUUUCAUCUGGCCCACCUGGGCCUCGUUCUACGGCGCGUCUCAGGUCGGCGGAGAGAACCCCGGACCGUCAGGAGUCCGUUCCCGAAAUAUCUUGACCCAAAAGGGAUCCUCUGAGCCGGGGACACCGUCCGCCGCCCGUCACCCAGAAGAGCCCCACGUUGGAGCGGAAUGGCCCCCGCGGCUCCCCAACACCCGCAUCGCCGAGGACGAGAAAAACCUCCCCGGGGUGGGAGAGACAGCCCAGGAGGCAGCAUCUGAACCCAAGACCCAACCGAAGAAUCGUCGGCGAGGGAAGGCCGCCAGGCCGGACCUCGAUGAGAUAUGAGACAUCCCGGCAAACAUUAACUGCAAAAGUUUUGCGGCUGGGAAGCUUUACGUUCUGAAACAAACAGCCAAGGGUACCCCAGAGCAUGUGCAAAGGGCCUUUUUCUCCCCUUGUCAACAAGCAGCAACCCAUCCGAGGGAGAGAUCCUUGCCGGCUGCCUCAAACCCAAAGCGAUUCCUUUCCGGAGUUUUCUUUAACAAGAUUUGUUGAGCCGGGGUGGAAAAAAACGGAUGACGUCACCAGAA